AUGGGUGACGAAUAUUCCAACAAUCCCGAUAUAAGCGCUAUGACAACAAUACUUCCUGCUAUCCUGGGCCUUGUGUCAGCCGGAGCCCUUUGGGCAGUGGCCUGUAUAUGCGCCCGACAAAUGCGUGCCCGUAAUCGCAAACAAAAUCAACACGAUGCCACUUUUCCCUUUCAACCGACACGACGUCCGACAGCUGUUCGUUCGCCUAGUGGACAGCCACCACAUUAUCUAAAGAAAUCACCAUCACCAACGGGUACCAAACAAUUGGGUAUCCUACAGGCAAUGCCCGAUCAAAAUGCCUCAUCGCCGAUAUCACCACAAACUGUCAAAUAUAUGGAAGAGGAUGAAAUUAAACCCAAAGCAGCAAAAUAUAAUGCCGGCAGCGAGAAACAUUCACCCGUCGAAGCCAAAAGUCCAACUGGUAAUGGUGCUAGCAGCAAUGGUGGCGCCGCCAGUGGCAGAUCUAGUCAAAUGGGGGCAAUGCAAGAGUCUAUGAUCAGUAACGCCAGCAAUGAUCUCCAUUUGGAACAAUACGGCAAGUUGGGUUCGAUCUUUUUCAAAUUACGUUAUUUGGCUGAACGAAAUGCCCUAAUGGUGUCGAUUAUACGUUGCCGUGGUCUACCCUCCAAGAGCAGUGGUAGCAAUUCAAACAACCCUUCGACAAGUAACAAUGGUGGCGACAUUCCGUCCGGUAUGAAUGGACGCACCCAGGCAGCAACCGAUCCCUAUGUCAAGUUACAACUGUUGCCCGACAAACAGCACAAGGUUAAGACCCGUGUUGUCCGCAAUACCCGUAACCCCGUCUACGAUGAAGAUUUCACUUUCUACGGUCUGAACAUUAACGAUUUACAGAAUAUGUCAUUGCAUUUCGUGAUCCUGAGUUUUGAUCGCUAUUCGCGUGAUGAUGUCAUUGGUGAGGUUGUCUGUCCAUUGUCGAGCAUUGAAAUCGGUGACAUUUCCAAGGAGGCUUUAUCGAUCAGCAAGGAAAUUCAACCACGUAGCUUGAAGAUAAGGGCACAGGGUCGUGGCGAACUUUUGAUUUCACUCUGUUGGCAACCGGCUGCUGGACGUUUGACUGUCGUUCUAUUGAAGGCACGUAAUUUACCACGUAUGGAUGUGACCGGUCUGGCUGAUCCUUAUGUGAAAAUCUAUUUGUUGUAUAAUGGUCAGCGUAUCGCUAAGAAGAAGACACACGUCAAGAAACGUACACUGAGUCCUGUUUUCAAUGAGAGUUUUGCUUUUGAUAUCCCAGCAGCUGAGGGAACUGGAGCGACUUUGGAGGGAGUGUCACUUGAAUUGAUGCUGUUAGACUGGGAUCGUGUAACCAAAAAUGAGGUUAUUGGACGACUUGAAUUGGGUGGACCCAACUCAAAUGGCACAGCCUUAAAUCACUGGAAUGAAGUGUGCAAUUCGCCACGAAGACAAAUUGCCGAAUGGCAUAAAUUAAAUGAGUAAAUUCCAACGGAUCGU